AUGAGAAAAUAAGAGGAAUGGGCAGAAAAGGAGCAAACCGUCGGCAGACCUGAAAAUGCCUGGUUAACGUCCUUCUAUUCUCCAGUGGGCUUGCUAGCUAACCAUCUAGCUAGCCUGCCAAUCAAGCGAAUAAAAGGUUCGCUGUAACCGCAGAGUUUCCCUCGCGGAGGCUCUAUGAUUUGCGGUUAAAAAAAAUAAUGGAAGUUGUAUGCGUAGUGUGUCCCUUCUCCCACCACCCAUUUGUGUUACAUCAUUUUUUUUUCAAGAGGAGGCCUUUUGGAGGAGCGAGCAUGUUAGCCACAUUGGCUAACUAGCUCAGGCUGGAUCGUGAAGGCCUCGACGGCGCCAUUUCGAGUCCGACACCUUUUUUUUUUAAAUUAGAGCUAGUCGUCCUGGGUCUGUAACGGCUUUCCACCCCAGCUGUCGGAAUGACGAUGAAAGGAAGCCACUUCAUCGACAUAAUUCGCCCUCCAAAAUGUUUUUUUUUCCCACACCACUUUUGGAGCGUAGUUUUUUUUUGUCCUUGUACCUACGCAGCGUCCGGGCGGCUUUUGUUCGGAGGUGGCUGGGUUUCACGACAAGGCCUCUUCGUUGGCUUUCCAACCAGCGUGGCCGUUGCUUGUGGAUGGAUCGGUGGACUUCUACCCCCCCUGAUAGUGUUCACCCGAGGCACAACCUUCACUCCUUAAGUGUGAAUGAGUUUAGACGAGCCCAACAAAGCCCCAGUCAAAAUGGCGUGGUCUCAAAAUGGACGCACAGAUAAUCCACGCUCUCGUAGAGGGGAUAGCUGGCCCUUAUCUGGUUGCUUUUCCAAACCAUCCCUUCAUCUUAUGGACCACUCCCCCCCCCCCUUCAACGGGAAAGCCCGUUUCGUGGCUUGGUAAAGAACUUUUGGUCGUGCCAGGAAUCGCGGUGCAACGCUGGAGGCAAUGCUGCUUCAGAUGGCGACGCCCUGUGUACCCGAGGAUCACAUCUGGAGGGCCUUUGGUGGAGGCGCAGAUGGCAAGAGAACAAUGGGCAACACUGCCCAAACAGCUUCCAGAUAAGUGGCAGCAUGACAUGUUUGACAACGGCUUCAGUGGAUUCAGUGGACCUGCUGGAGGCGGUGGAGGAGCCGGCGUUGAAACUGGAGGGAAGCUCCUAGUCUCCAAUCUGGAUUUUGGGGUGUCCGAUGCCGACAUUCAGGAACUUUUUGCAGAGUUUGGAACCCUGAAAAAGGCAGCAGUUCAUUACGACAGAUCAGGAAGAAGCCUGGGAACCGCAGAUGUCCACUUUGAAAGGAGGACAGAUGCCCACAAAGCCAUGAAACAGUACAAUGGCAUCCCACUUGAUGGAAGGCCGAUGAACAUACAGCUAGUUACGUCACAGAUUGACACACAGAGGCGACCUAUGCAGGGCCUGAACAGAGGUGGCGGAGGAGUUAUGAACAGAGGCCGUGGCGGCGGGUUCAGAGGCAUGCAGAGAGGCCGCGGAGGACGGGGCGCACCCGGCGCCGGCGGCAGAGGUCGGGGUGGUCGUGGCGGUGCCAGCAAACAGCAGCUGUCAGCAGAGGAACUUGAUGCUCAGUUAGACGCCUACAACGCCAGGAUGGACACCAGCUAAGAAAUGACGCUCUUAUGGUUUUGUUAUCCCUUCAUGUCUGCACAGAAGGGCCGUUGUUACAAAUGUGCAGAAUAUUUUACACAUGGUUGUCUUCUGAUGUGAUUUUGAAAUUGUUGUUCCCAACCUCUUCUUUUAAAUGCCCAGUAUUUUUUACCAGUUUUUUUUUUUUUUUUCCUGGCUAAAAUGGUUUUGGCUCUGUAGGUUCAUGUGAAUUGGUUAUGCCAAUUCUUUCUUCUACCAUGUAGUUAAUGACUCUUGUAAUAAAACCUACAGUGCAUAUUAACCAAAAACUGUUUUGUGUCCAUUGUUUUUGAAAUACUGUUCAAUUUGGGUUUUAAAAAAAAGAUUUGUCUUACACAGAAUUCAGUCUAACUAUUCCAUGUGUAUUGGUAAACAUGUGCAUAAACUCUGUUUUACAUGGGAUAUAAAGGAAUAUAUUUGCUAUUAAGCAAUGCCUCAAUGUUACUGGAUACAUGUUUUUUUUCAAAUCGUGUAAUAGAAAUUUUGACAUCUAAUUCCCAAUGGGCCAUGAUUUUAUGACUAGUACUUUACAUGUAUUUUUAACCCAAAGUUACCGAUUGAAAUAUUAAAUGAAUAACAACU